AUGCUUAAUGCCUUUGAUACGAACGAAUAUGGCCCUAUGGGACAAUUGAAGACGACCUAUGCUGCUGGCCGAUCAUCGUCAACAGCAGCGGCCAGUACAAUUUGUCCGUCUACAACGAAACGAACCACACCGAUGAUGCCUGUUGGUGAGCGUUUUGAUGAAAUUCAUGAAAAAAGAGACUCUUCGCUCCAGGAUUUCUUUUAA